CUCAGUUCAUAGUUUUUCUCUCUUCUUCUUGUAAUAGAAUAGCUCUAUAGCUUACCUUAUCUGACAAAAUCCCAAGAGCUUGUAGCCUUGUAUCGUUGAUAUAUAGGUCUCUGCAUAUAUAGUCUUCGUUAGAAUUGAACCCUUUGCAGUUUCUAGUUUCACAGGAUUUGCUUGGUUUUCUGUGUUGAUCUUGAGAUUUAGAGAUUUCAGAUUCAUCAAAUUUUCUUAGGCUAACAGCUAUUGAGUGUCGAGCAGAAGAAAUGGAAAACGUGUCUGCGUUUAUCAAGGGAGAUGAGCCGAUGGAGUUGCCUCCUGGAUUCCGAUUUCACCCGACAGAUGAAGAACUCAUAAGCCAAUACCUCUCCCCGAAGGUUAUCAACAGUGGCUUCUCUGCGAGAGCUAUUGGAGAGGUGGAUUUGAACAAGUGUGAGCCUUGGGAUUUGCCAUGGAGGGCUAAAAUGGGUGAAAAGGAAUGGUACUUUUUCUGUGUGAGGGACAGAAAAUACCCAACUGGUUUGAGAACUAACCGGGCGACUGAAGCUGGGUACUGGAAAGCCACAGGCAAAGACAAGGAGAUUUACAAGGCCAAAGCCCUUGUUGGAAUGAAGAAGACUCUUGUUUUCUACAAAGGAAGGGCUCCAAAGGGUGAAAAGACCAACUGGGUCAUGCAUGAAUACAGAUUGGAAGGCAAAUACUCUCCAUAUAAUCUCCCCAAAACAGCCAAGAAUGAGUGGGUGAUUUGCAGAAUUUUCCAAAAGUGUAGUGAUGGGAAGAGAACUCAUAUUUCGGGGUUGGUGAGGGAGAGCCCUUUUGGAAAUGAAUUCCACCCUUCUUUUCUGCCACCAUUAAUGGAUUCUCCACCCUACAACAACAGUGACACAAGAACCACCACCGUUGGCGAAACAUCGCAUGUGUCCUGCUUCUCCGAUCCAAUGGAGGAUCAGAAAACCCAGGAUGACAUUAUCGACAGCUUCAACAACAACAACAACAACAAUAACAACAACAACAACGACAACAGCAUCGGCAGCAGCAACAGCAGUCAUCCGUUAGCUUCUUCAACCUCAUUUCCAUUCAAGUCCUCGGUCCAGAACUCUUACUUCUCCAACCAAAUUGCACCAAACACCGGAAAUAUGCAGUACCCCGAUUCUGGUUUUUCGCAAGACCAGUCUAUUAUGAGGUUGCUGACUGAGCCACAAGCUCCAAGCAUGAAGCGCAGUUCAUCAAAUUAUUUGGGGGGUCAAGAUGUUCCGUCAUACUCAGCUGCUCCAAUGGACUUUGAUUCCAUCUGGAAUUACUGAACUCAGAGAUGUGAAGGUUGAAGAUUUUGUGGGAUAAUCUAAUAUCAUUUACUAUUUGUGUACUUGUAUAGAUUAGAUCGUCCUCGUGGAGUUAUAGAAGCACCAGGGAAAUUAGUCCAUGUAUUUGAAAAAAAACAAAAAAAGACAAGUUGAUUUACUUGAAAAGAAAAAAGUCUUAAUGGAAUGUAAUC